UCUUUGCUUUUUUGUUCACACCCAUUUCUCCAUUUUAGUUUUUGUUCACACCCAUUUGAGAUCUUAAUUAUUCAACAAUGGCAGAAACUGCUGGUUGCACAGACCCAAAGAAGCAGAAGCUUCUUCUCCAAGAGCAUGAGGAGAAGCACUUCAUGUCCAGUGAAGUUGUCCGCGACAUUAUCAUCGGCGUCUCCGAUGGCCUCACCGUCCCCUUUGCCCUCGCAGCGGGCCUCUCCGGCGCCGACGUAACCUCCGGGAUCAUCCUCAUUGCCGGUAUUGCUGAAGUUGCCGCCGGAGCCAUCUCUAUGGGACUUGGAGGAUAUCUUGCAGCUAAAAGUGAAGCUGAUCAUUACAUGAGAGAACUGAAGAGAGAACAAGAAGAGGUCGUAGCAGUCCCAGACAUAGAGGCUGCUGAGGUGGCAGAAAUAUUGUCUCAAUAUGGGGUUGAACCCCAUGAAUAUGGGCCUGUUGUUGCUGCUCUUAGAAGAAACCCUCAAGCAUGGGUUGAUUUCAUGAUGAAAUUUGAAUUGGGGCUGGAGAAGCCAGACCCAAAGAGGGCAUUGCUAAGUGCAAUAACCAUAGCCAUGUCCUACAUUAUGGGAGGCUUGGUGCCCUUAUUGCCAUACAUGGUCAUCCCUUCAGCUGGAGAAGCUGUGGUUGCUUCUGUUAUUGUAACCAUAAUAGCAUUGCUAAUCUUUGGCUUUGCCAAGGGCUACUUCACCGGGGAUCGGCCCUUAAUGAGCGCCCUACAAACCGCCUUAAUCGGAGCCAUUGCGUCAGCUGCAGCUUACCUUAUUGCCAAGGCCUUCCAUGCCUAGCUAGCUUGUAGAAUUGAACUUGCGAAAUUAUUGAAUGUGGUUGGCACAAUAUGACUCUACUGUCGUAACCGUUAGAUACACGAAAGAAAAAAAAAAAUAACAUGGGAUAAUUGCGUAUCUAAUAGUUCUGAAAGUAUCGGUCGCGUUAUCAUUAUCAGCCGCUUCUAAUAAUUUCUCCUAGAACUUCUAUUCCUAGAUCCCUUUGGCGCUCUCUCUAACGUGGGAUUAAAACUAGAGCAAUUUGGCUAUGCAUAUGCAAUCCAGUGUGCUCAGUUAAAUUAGGACUAUUUAGUUAAAUUUAUUAGUUUUUAUUGCUCUC